CGCGCCUGCUGAUCCGCGCUCGAGCAGCUGUACGUCUCAAAGGCGCCGCUAGCAUGGCAGCGGCAACUGAGAGCCGACAAUUCACAGCCUUCCGCGGGGGAAGUAGUCACGUUUUCCUGACAUUUUUAACCGCGUUUAUACCGUAAGAGUAAGACUUUUCUUUUUUUUAAUACUAUUGGUAGAAAACACCUUCCGCUACAGCGAGUCGACAUAACGCGCUAACGUCGAAGCUAAGCUAAGCACGGCGGCUGCUAGCUUGGUCGCCCUCCGUGGAAGAAGCGGCUCCGUGGGGGAUGUUGUCCGUGCUGUCGUACGGUAGACUCCUGGCCAGGGCUGUCAUCGGCGGACUCUCUCAGACGGACAGCCGCGACUACAGCCUGGUGACUGCGAGCUGCGGCUUCGGCAAGGACUUCCGUAAAGGCAUUUUGAAGAAAGGAAUGUGCUAUGGAGACGACGCCUGCUUCAUCGCCAGGCACAAAUCUGCCGAUGUUUUAGGUGUGGCAGAUGGAGUAGGAGGUUGGCGAGACUAUGGCGUGGACCCGUCACAGUUUUCAGGGACAUUGAUGAAGACAUGUGAGCGCCUGGUGAAGGAGGGACGCUUUGUUCCCAGCAACCCCGUGGGAGUCCUUACAAGCAGCUAUUAUGAGUUGCUGCAGAACAAAGUGCCGUUGCUGGGCAGUAGCACAGCCUGCAUCGUGGUGUUGGACGGCCACAGUCACCAGCUGCACACGGCCAACUUGGGGGAUUCUGGCUUCCUGGUGGUCCGUGAAGGGGAGGUGGUUCACCGAUCCGACGAGCAGCAGCAUUACUUCAACACACCCUUCCAGUUGUCCAUUGCUCCUCCUGAAGCCGAGGGAGCCGUCCUCAGUGACAGCCCAGACGCCGCUGAUAGCUCCUCCUUUGACGUGCAGCUGGGUGACAUCAUCCUCACCGCCACCGACGGUCUGUUUGACAACAUGCCCGACUACAUGAUCCUGCGGGAGUUGAAGAAACUCAAAAAGGCAAACUACGAGAGCAUCCAGCAGACGGCGAGAAGUAUCGCAGAGCAGGCUCACGACCUUGCCUACGACCCCAACUACAUGUCACCUUUUGCACAGUUUGCCUGUGACAACGGACUGAAUGUUCGAGGAGGGAAGCCCGAUGACAUCACAGUGCUGCUGUCCAUAGUAGCAGAAUACACUGACUAGGGUCUACAUGGACUGAGUAGGAUGAAGUACUGAGGGGAGCAAGACAUUUUGUUCCCAGCAUGCCACAGCUCUACUCUGCUCCAGCUGGCUAGAGAGAAAGUGCUGGAAUGAAAAAAGGCCGUGAAAGCAUUCAGCAGCAGCAGCAGUGUUGUUGACAACACCCGCUGGACAACCUUUCCAAGGCUGCUGGUCGUGAUGGAUGGUCUCGCUGGCUUGGAUGGACGGACAGAGAGGAUGUUUACUUUCACACUUUGACUUUUCCAAAGUGGAAGAAGCUUAAAAAGGAUUCUCUUCAUCCCACGCGUGGAGAAGGGAGUAAGCGUGACACGUGGCGCCUCUAGGGCUAAAAUAAAUGAGCCAAAUGUGGCUCGUCUUUAUUUUUUUAUCAGUUCUUAUUAGCAAACGUACGUUAGUGCAGGGAGAAGAUGUUUUAUAGUUGGAUGUGACUGCGGUUCUGUUCUUCGCUGAGGUUGAAACAUGAUUUCGUGAAGAAGCAGCUGCCUUUUUAUACAUGCUGUUUAGAUAUUGCAUACUGAGGCUCUGACAUAUUCAGUGGUACCUCAGUUCUUGUUGGGAAUCUCCUCCUAGAGGUCUGAUAACAAUUGAACCAAUAUAAAUCCAAUGAUCCACACACCCAAAAAUACAUUUUAUAAAUAAUUAUAGUUUUACAUAUAGAAAACAAAGAUAAAUAUAUAUAUUAUAUAUAUAUAUAUAUUUAAAAUAAUAUAUAUAUUAUAUAAUAUAUAUAUAUAUAUAUAUUUUUUUUUAAUGAUAUAUAUUAGGGCUGCAACUAACGAUUAAUUUGAUAAUCGAUUAAUCUGUCGAUUAUCACUUUCAUUCAUCGAUUAAUAAUCGGAUAAAAGAGACAAACUACAUUUCUAUCCUUUCCAGUAUUUUAUUGAAAAAGAAUAGCAUACUGGCACCAUUCUUAUUUUGAUUGUUUUUUCAGCUGUUUGUACAUGUUGCAGUUUGUAAAUAAAGGUUUAUAAAAAAAGAAAAUUAAAAUAAAUUUUAAAAAAGUAGCCUCUGCGCAUAGCAUAGAUCUAACGAAUCGAUGACUAAAUUAAUCGCCAACUAUUUUUAUAAUCGAUUUUAAUCGAUUAGUUGUUGCAGCCCUAAUAUAUACGUAUAUAUAUAUGUAUGUAUAUACAUAUGUAUGUAUGUGUAUAUAUAUAUGUAGGUAUAUAUAUAUAUACAUAUAUGUAUACAU